AUAAAACAUAAAAGAAUUUAAUAGAUACCGUUUUAUUUAAUUUAAUUUAGUUUUAUGACUUUUAUUCCAUAAAUUCCGUGAAAUAAAAUUCGUGUCACAUACAUUCGCACAUGCAUGCACAAAAUUUAAUUCGUUUUCUUUUCCCAGGAUAAGUAAUUCCCAUUACAAUUAUUUGUAAAAUGAAACUAAUUAUACAUCGUGCUUCAUUAAAAUUACCAUUUUUUCCCAUCGGGGGUAUUUUAAUCUCUCGAAGCGAAGAUAUACCGUGAUUGCCAGAAUUUCAUACGAGGGAUGAACUUCCUUAUAAUCUCCGAUUACGUUCGUCACGAAUAAUUGAAGGGAGUGAAAACGGAAUGAAGCGAAAUGAGGAUAUUCAGCGCGGUGUCUCGGUGCGAGUCUCUAAUUUCAGUCAUCGAAAAUGCACAGGUUGGCGGACCUAUUCCAUCGAUAAUUCUUCCCCGCUCGCGUUUCGCAGGUGAGCGAGGGGGGUUGUCGACCCUCCCCCCUUUGCCACCCCUUAUCAAGAAGAACCAUCCUCUCUCGUAGGAUUUUCACCGUCCGGGGAGAAGCGCACGCGACAUCCCUUAAUAAACCGGAAGGCGACCUCCAGUCCCGCCUCGUGCGGGCGUCGCGGCGCCAGAGCGCCGGAGCGCGGCGCGUCGCGUCGUCCCGCGUCGUCGCGGCGCUCCCCGCGCUCGCUCUCCUCGCGUACCCUCGGUGGGGGGUCAGGUCGGUCGAACGGGAACGGGUCGGUCGAACGAUCGAAAGGCCCUGCUGCUCCGCGGCUCAGUUCAGUUGUAGCGCCGACUCCCCGGCAUAUACACGAGGUCGCGUCGUAGUUUUAAAAGGCACACUCUGUACAAACGUAGAACACGCACGCCUCUUAUCUUCCGUAUAUAAUAUAUACCUCCGCCUCGCCUGCCGCCUUCUCGCCUCCGCCUCGCCUUCGCCUUCGCCUUCGCCUCUACCGCCUUCGCCUCCGCCUCGCUACAGUAGUGAGCAACAGAUACUUAACCGUGCACGUUGCCAGUUUGUUAGAAGCGAAGCCUCUACUCCGACCUCGUAGCGAAAAAAAAAAGCGAAAAUGCAGCGUCCGAUCGUCAUCGCUCACUGGAGAAAAAUCCUACUGCUCGUGUAUAGUUUGCCAUUAUUUUCAUUUGACGACACCACAGAGCGGAGGCUGCAGACUUAUUCCUCAUACAAUUCAGUACUCUGACAGACAAUAUAUACACAUUUUGCACUUCAUGACGUGUGACACACAUGUCCCGGGUUCUAAUUGUUCAGUGUGCACCCUAACGUGUUACCGCGACGGAGAAUAAUUCCACUACGCCACAUUCCAUGGGAAGCGAUUUUCCGGAGCACACGUGAAGCGGGCCACCGUUUAGCAAGUCUCUCACCGAGUCUUUGUCCGAUACUACUACAAUACUAUACUCGAAUACUAAUUAUUUAAUUAAUUAAUUAAUCAUUUAUAAUCACAUUAAUUAUUUACUCAUUGCGAAAAUAACAUAAGUCUGAUUGUACGCGGCGCGUGUUCGCGCGCCCAUUCGGAGUGAAGUUCUUUAUUCGCUGCCGCAAUGUCGAAGUAGCAUACCGAAGCCACGGACUUAUGUUGCUUUCAAAAUGACCGAUUAUUUGUGUCUUGAAUAAAUAGCGUCACAUUUACAGAAUACUCUCUUCCACUGACUGUUCCGAAAACUUCUUAGUGUAUGCGUGUUGAUCUCUUUAAGUGCGUGCCACUUCCGUCGCGGAGGAAGUCCUGCGACGUCGGAUAACGAGAUUCACACGCUACUACCUUCAAUGUGGAAACUGAAUAAAAAUAGAAACACUUUAUAUAUUUCGUGUACAUGAGCUAUCCUAUCAUUCAUACCACCCACGUAGAACUUACUACAAUGUACAUUCACUAUGAAUCCUCAAUGGCCACCCAUUUGUUUGGACACAUACAUAAGCGCGCACACAUGCACGCACACUGUUAAUACAUGUCAAUACAAGAAUGAAACCUCGAACAAUCCAGCCGCCGCAACUUUUUCGUGCAAACUAUUUCCGUUAUUCGUUUCUUGCCGUGCAUUUUAGGUCAUUCCGGUGGCAAUUUCCUCGGCCGUGCGUCAUAUUUGUCACGAAACGUGCCGUAAAGUCAAAUAGACCGUCGCAAUAAAUACUAAUAAUAACUCAGCCCGACCUGGUUCGCUCAUUAUUAGAUCGUUGUGACAUUAUACGCCGUUAAUACGCGAAUUCAUUGCAGAUUUAACGACGGUGUAAAUGCAAAUUAGAAAUCGAUAACAUAACAAUCGAACAGGUUUUGUCGUUGCGCGCCGUGGAACGUAGCAAAGUGGCGGUGGUCUGUAUCAGCCGAAUGAACGAUUCCAUUCUAAUGCCUGAUCGAUAACGCGUUAUAACACAAUCUGCCACACGGUGCACCCAUAAGAACACUUUGUCAAACGUUUUGCUCGCGAUAGUGCUCAACUUCGUUGCGAGUCAGUUAAACUAGAACUACCCUCGUCCCGGCCGACGUAGGAAAGGUAAUGUCAAAGGAAAUGCUCGACAUUGCCGCUUCCCCGAAAUUCCAACAGACAAAAGCUCGCGACAAUAGUCCCGGCGCCGUUAUCUUAAUCGUUAAUCGCGGAAUUCCGACUCUCGAAAUUUCAUCGUUUGUUAGUCCCUAACAAUGGUAUCCUCGCGCGAUUCGAUUAUUAUCCGAGUCUCACAAUAAACCGGGAAUAAUUUCGCGAUUUCACGAGAUCCGUUCAAACUGCUAGAGUUUAACAGGUGCAAUUAAGAACUUUGGAGAGAAAAUCUGUGUACCGAUAUGAUAUCAUCAAAUCAAAUUAAAGUUGCCAAAUUUUCUUGUGGAAAUGAAGAAAUGUUUCAUAUAUACGAUGAAAUGAGUAAAUUCGAAAUAGAGAGAUUUGUGUGAUACGUGAUACAUUUCAAUUUAUUUCGUUCGCUUUUUUUAGAACGUAACGGGAAAAAAGACUCCCUACAAAUACAUAAAAUAAACUUGUAUAAAAUUGUAAAAAGGUAUAAAAUAUGAGUAUUACAGACGAUGUUCAUAAUCCGAUCUUAAAUUUAAGACCGCCUUAAGAUAGCCUCAAGAUUCCAUUCAACAUUAAUGAAAUAACCGUACAAGAUCUCAAGAUUGUAUUUAAGACGAUUUUAACACUAGAACUAUCAAAGCAAUCGAAAUAAAUGGUCCGUAAUUUCUUAAAGAUAUUACUUUUUAAAUUCAUACUACUGCAUUUUCUGAGACUUUCCGUAAUUUGUGUCGUGAUACAUUAAUGUCUGUGUAAUUAUCGGUAAUUAAAUAUAAAAUUGGACUAUGAAUACAUGUGCAAAAGAAAUAUACUUAAGACGCCUACAGUCGCCGUUGCAUUUUAAUUUAAAAUAAUAAUUUUAUUUAAUGAAAAGUUCAGAAACUAAUUCUGCAUUCUGACAUUUAAUGUAAUAUACAGCAAGCAAAUAUGUGUGUAAAGUGAUAUAUUUGUAAUAGAUUAGGUAGGCACAAAAAAUCUAGGACGCUAAAUGAAAAUUGAAAAUCCAAUUAAAUUAAAAACUAAUAAAUCAGUUUAAAUUGGAUUAAGAUACGGAUAAAAAUAUCCAGUCACUUUUUUGAUCAUUUGCACACAACUCGAGUUUUAAAAGCCAUUGUGGCAGAAACUAAUUAUUCGACUAUUCAUCGAUCCAAUUAUAUUCACCCUAAUUGCAUUAUUUAUAUAAGAGAAACCGAGUGUUGGUUUUAAAUAUGAGAUGAACAUUCUGAAAAUUAUCUACCUUGCAUCAAUGAUUAAAAUAUUUAUAUAAAAAUUGAAAUGUUAUUGUAAUUUUUUACAGAUCAAAGUAUUAUAUUCUUUCUCUGCUUCAGAGAAAAGCUUUAUUAAGAUUUUUCAUUAUUUAUCAACUUUGAUAUUCAAUUUGUUUUGUACAAAAGGCUGUGUGAUAUAAUCCAUACUUUUUACGUUUUAUAAAAAUAUGAAAAGAAAAGUUAUAAGGUAACUUUUAAUGUAAAAAUCAGUUCAACAGAAAAUAUCAUUUAAGUAAGGAAAAUACCAUUUUAUUACGUCGUAAAGUAAGAAUACGUAUUCGUGUAAUAUCCCUUGAAAUCAAUCAUUUGCUUUCUACUUAUUCAUGUUGUAUCAACGCAAUCAACGCAACGUCGCAAAAAAAUCGGUCGAUUCUAAUCGCCAAGGGCUCGUAAAUGGCAUAACGCGAUCGACCGUUCUGCUUUAACGUUGCUCGUUGAAAUAUUACAGGACAGGCGCGUAGAAAAUCGUGUGUCGCAUUAGCAUUAUCCGACGGCACGAUCGACCUCGAAAAUAGGCCUCUUGUCUCGGAACGUCUCGAAAUAAUAUGCUAUGCGUGCGGCGGUAACGCGCGCUUUCAUUCUGAUCGAUACAGUAACACCUCCCAGCAACAGGGCGGACUGCCACAAGUAGUUACAGUCGGCCGAAGGCCCGCUGUCCUUCCCGGCAAUAGCCCCAGAUUAAUCCGUUUCGCCCCGUCGUCUCGUUGUCACGUCACGCUGCCAGUCCAAUGAAAAUCGAAUGCAACACGAUCCCGACAGCGUUUAAUAUUUCGAAAUAUCAAAACACACCGCCCUGACAUAUCUCGUUACUCUAUUUUAUUUCAUAUAGAAUGGCGUCGAGGGCGUAACGGCAAAGUGGAUAGAAAGGGAUUUUGUAUUUCUUCCUCCGGAAGGAAAGAGAAUACGUCGUGGAUAUUUCGCUUUACACUUACGAGAAUCCCACGAGCAAUUUGGAGUUGAUGUUUGCCUUUAUAAAGAAUGUUAAAGCGGAUACCUGACAGUUUUACAGUUAUAAAGAAUUCAAAUGUGUAUAAGAGUUUUUAUACCCUGAAAUUUCUCAAAUGGCGAGACAUGACGGGAACCUUAUUCUUCACUGAAUUUCAGAUAAACUUUACUUUAACCGAAUUUAGUCCCAGGAUUUAGAAUUACGUGCACGGUAGACACCCUAUACGUGACCUUAUCUAGACGCGUCACUGGCGGAACACAUGAACGUGCAAUUGAUAGCGCCGCAUUACGUAGAGCUAGGCGACACGGCCACCUUGUUCUGCAGCCACACUGUCGCGGACAAGUUGCUGCACAAAAUAGAAUUUUUGAAGGGCGAGAAGAGGAUAUUUCAGUACAUUAAGGAGAGAAGUCCGCCGUACAUUUCGCAGCAUAUCGACGGCGCCAGACUGGAGUAUUCGAAGAACGGCACGACAAUCAAACUGCACGAUGUGCGUUUUGAAAUUGAAGGUUUUUUUACCUGUGAAGUCACUAUGACAACCCCCAUUUACACUGCUGGCUCUGAUCCCGUACCGAUAAAAGUGAUACAUCCACAAUCUACUAAACCUACAAUUACAUUCAAGAAAAGCGUAUACGUGGUAGGCGAGAGCCUGGAGGCAAAUUGUUCGUCCUCGCCCGCACGUCCAGUUCCUUACAUAACGUGGUUCAUAAACGGCAAAGAGGUGGAUGUUUCCCUAGUGACUCACUAUCCGCAUACAUACCAUAAAAAUCAUUUGAUGUCCGCCACCGCCAGGCUGAAGGUGGAGGUUUCUGAGUUGCACGCCGGUCAAAAUGGACAUCUAGAGAUCAGCUGUCGCGCAACGAUACCCGAUUUUCCCAUGAACCACGAGGAAUUUGCUGAUAUUAAGAAAAAGACGGUGACGGUGGAAAUCAUACCAGCGCCGGAUGUGACGUCUUCCGCGGCGAUUCUCGUACGAGAACUAACGCUACCUACGAUACUGUGCAUACUGAGCGCGAUGCACCAGUUCAUUCCUUAAUAAAAGUCAAUUGCUCUAGGAUAAUUCGGCUGUAACAUACCUUAAUCGUAAGGAUAUUAAGGCGAUGAACGUAAGAUCGAACAAUCACAAUGUCUUCCUUCGAUAUAUCGAAAUACACGGGGGCAGCGGUUUUAUUGUCUUUGCAGAAGUUUUGUAAACUCAUAGACGCGGCUUCUUCGUGCGCAAAACUAUUUUCGAUUAUUGCUUAUAAUGAGCAUCGUCUGUCUCACGAAACAUAUCAAUCCCAUUGUCACGUAUAAGGAAACAAAAUGCCCGAGUAUUCGGCAGGGUGUGUCGGAAAGCUAUGUCUCUUCCCUCGAUACUUGUAUAUUCGAAUCUAUUUACAUAUCACGCGAAAUUAUUCCAACUCGAGAAUAUUGAAUUUUUAGAAAUUAUUGUCCGGAAAUAUUAAAGCAGGAAAUAAGAAAGUUACGCGAAGAUAUUUUUAUUCUAUUGCAGAACAUCUUUGAUACGUAAUACAUAAUGUAUAUACUGGUAUUGUUGCAUUGGUUAACGUAUAUAUCUUAUCUGAAUCUAAAAAAAAAAUAAAGAACAGAGUUUAUUACAGUUCAAAGUAAAACGGCUUUAUUGUUAAAUAUAUGAGAAUUUAAUCUAUAUUAAUGUUAUCGAGAUAUCAUAUGAUCUAUAUGUUGUAUAAAUUGUAGUCGAUAUUUUACUUUACACAAAAACGAUAUGGUUUUCCGAUACGCGUUAAUGUAACAUUUCAUCUAGUCUUGCCUCGCCGCUGGGGAAAUACAAUGUUUUUUAAGCUGGCAAAUUUGUUCUUGUUACUACGCGCACAUUUUUAUUUAAAAAAAAUACAAAAAAAAUAUUUGCAAUCGUAGAAAACCGCUUUAAUGUCAGUCGAAUCGGAUUAACAGAUUUUUCCCUUUGGGAUAAUAUCCGAUUUUUUCAAUCCAUUUAGUAGCUCUAUUUCUCAUUGAUAGAUUGUCUCUUUCUGCAAUAUAUUUUUACAUCGCUCGAUCUAUUAGAAUUUCGAUAAAAAAAAGUAACAGUAAUUUUUAUUUAAUUUGUAAAACUUUUCUUUGUCAAUAUUUAACGCCCCGUUUCAUGAUCUUUCACUUACACAACAAUGAGAUCAAUUUUCCGACAAUAAUCUAGAGAACUUUUUCCGCGUAUAAUAGAACAUAGACUAGAGCAAAUGUUCACCGUCAUUUCACCGUAAUUCGGAGCUUAAUCCUCCGUAGAAAACAUUAUACAAGAAAUUCGAAACAAAAAUGGCGUAAGUCAAAUGACGCGUAAAGUGCUCGGAUCUUGUCGCACAUAUCGGAAUAUCUCUCUAUAAACUGUCUCUUACCUUAAAUCACCAUUUUAAUAAAUUAACGCUAUAACGAGCUGUAAGCAUUGAAAGAGCGCUCGCUUGGGCUAUUUUUGUUUUCGAUUCUUGUUGACUUUUCACGUGCUGUAACGAACUGAGGGAUAUCGAUGAAACGGGAUGUACACGACACACAAUCAGUAUUAUAUUACGACUUCCUUUAGCGUGUUUUAAAGAGUCAAGCUUAAAAAACACCGCGACAGCGGCUAGGCAGUUUAGAGAAAACUGCGAGAAAACUAGUGGUAACUAGAGACACACGAGUCAGAGUCCGAUCGACCGCGUAUCCGAUCGCCUACUAUUUCAAUAUGACGACUAAACGAUAAAGCACGAUUUCUUCUCUCUGAUUUUAUCCAAUCUGUACAAUCUGACCUUAUUAUUUCUCUACUCGUAAUUCGAGAGAUAGCGCGCACUGCAUUGAUCCUAUUGAGGUCGAUCGGGGAGACUGGCGAACUGAUUCGAUCAAACUCUGACUCAACCAUCUGUAGAGGUAGCGAUUACGGCCGUCGUGUUUGCGGCCAAACUUUUUGGAACACUAUUGGGCGCGUUAGCUAUUGAUACGACGAGACUUUGACGGGAUUUAAAAGACUUGAUGCGAUACCAUCGCCGCUGCGGUUCUCCUGGCGACCAAACGCGCGCGGGAUUAUUCCCUUAUCUGUGUAGAAGAUGCACCCCUCUUCGCUGGAAAAAAAAAAGAGAGAGAAAAAAGAUCGUAAUCCUCCGCCGUCGGUACUCGUACUAAAUACCAGCAGCCUUUAAGCAGCCAUAUUGGCUGUAGCGCAAGAGUGUAUUAGUAUGACUACUUAAGCUGACGGUACACUUUGGAACACUAAAAGGAUUACGCCGAACGAACGUUUAUGCUAGAGUGAACGCGAACGAUGCUUUCCGAGGCUUUAGAGUACUAAUCUAAUCUUGAUUAUUAGGAUAAUCAAAGGGAAAACGUUAUCGUCGUCUCCAGUCGGACGACUAAUCUAACUAAAAAAGUUUUGAUAGCUUCACAGAUCCAAUCUUACAAACGUAUAUAAGUCUGUAGCUAACGUUACGACUAGAGGUACUCACGCGCGAUCGAACAAUUCGGUUACAAUUAAAUGUAAAGAUUAGGAAAAAAAAAAGAGAACACAGAUUUUACUAAAUGAUAAAAUUAAUUAUCAUAGCUAGAUGAAAGUAAAAACGUUAGGGAACAAACAUUGACUAAGUGACGUAGUGCUUUAUAGAGGUAAAGGAUAUAUUUAUGAUUAAUGAAUUUUUAUGCGUAUAUUUCAGAUUGUGACUAUUUGCUAAAAAAUCAAGAUAACACACACCGUAAUCGCAUGCAAAUUCUUACAUGCUUUCAAACUUGCAAUAAAUAUACUGACUUUUUUAAUUUUUAUUGUAAUUAUAAUAUACCUAAUUAUAAUAUGGCGUAAGAGCCAGACAUUGAUCAUCUAAGCAAAGUUUGAAAGCUUAGUAAUGAUAUUUUAAUUAAGAAGUGCCUUUUCAUAUUGUCCGCAGAUUAGAACAUAUCUCAGGCAGAUUUUUAGUCUGCUAUUAGGCGACAACGUGCUUUGCCCGGAAAGCAAAAUCGCAAUCGCUGAGAAUCUAAUAUAGAAAAGAAGUCGCCUUUUUUAACGAUCACUCUUUCUCUCUCUCUCACACAUUCUAAUAAGGCUAUUCUUAGUCGUUUCAGCGUUCACUCUAGCCUGUCGAAAGGUUGAAAUUUAAUAUAUUGCAAAUUUUAUACAAGUCUGCUGUUUUUAGCUGCACCUUUCGCGCAAGAUGCAAUUUGUGUCGCUCGAAUUAGCUGUCACGUGAUGAUUUUUGUCGCAGAAAUAGGGAAUAAACGUUGUACAAAUCAGAAAGUAAUUAAAAAUGAUUCAAACCAUAAAAUUUGAACCACUGGAAUAAGAAUGACAAAUUCGUCGUCCCGAUCGCUUGUUUUGGCAACACGACGUGAAAUUAUAUCUUAAAAAAUUGAUAUUGAAGUUUGCAGGAAAGAGGUACAAAUUAUAUACGGAGUAUUUCAUACCAAUCAAUAUAUUCACACGGUACUACGCACAUUAAAAUCUAUUUUUAUCUUUCGCGGGAUAUAUUACGAUUUCAUUGCCACGUUCGCUCCGCAUGGUGCGGCAACGCAGAGAAGAAAGUAAUAUUCGUUGCUAUAAUUAAAUGUUAAAAUAAUUAUAACAAGCAGUUUUAUAUAAAGCUGUUGUAAAACAUAUAUUACUUUACAUUAUUACUGUUGUAAUGUUAAUUAAUAAUUAACAUAGUGUUUUACUGGGUCUGUUUUUUUAUUGCUUAUUAUUCACUCUCUCUACUUAAAAUAGAUGUAUGUUUGAAAUUUGGCAAAAGCGAAAAGAGAGAAAUUUUAGUGCAGUUCAGUAUAGUCCCAGUGCAGCAAUAAAAGACAAACCUAUUGAUAGAAAAAUGGUUGUAAUUGCCAUAAUUGAAAUACAAUUGGCGGAAAAAAUAAUUAUAAAUUAUAAUCUUAUUUUCGGUGCCAAUUAUAUUUAAAUUAGUAACUUUAAAAUAUUGCAAGUCCAUUUUUCAACAUUAUAGCAGUAAUAAUUAUAAACAUAGAGCUCCCGACUAUUUUAACAUUCAAUUCUAGUCGCAAAUACCAAGUAUUUUUUGACCUCGGUGAACGUUUUUUUGAAACACGAACGAUAAUUUAUUUAUCUCUAUCGCGGGUGUUCAGUAGCUCGGAAAAAAGGUGCACAGCUGGAGAGAGCAGGCCUGAUAUAAAUUAGCGGA